GUAGAAAAACCAGGGAAAGCAUCCAUCAAAUCAGAAUCUGUCAUUCAAGCAACUUCUAUAACAAUACGAUGGACUGCACCAGCUGAUGAUGGAGGAAGUCCGAUUACAGGAUUCCUAAUGAUCUUACAAAAGGAUGAAACUGAGAUACAAAAGGUUAAUAUCACCGAUCCUGGGACGACAACUUAUUCGUUUCCUGGUUUGCAGAAAGAUACCAACUACACAGUGAAACUGUUUUCCAGAAAUUUUGUAUUCGAGGGAGAUCCUACUGUAUGGAACAUUAAGACCAAGUUUGAAGGUGAGGAAUCAAAAGUGAUAUCGUGACUGAGCACUUUGCACCAAUCAUUUUUCGCUAACUUAGAUAUGUUGUGAGUAACCCAGUUUUAACAAUGUUAUCUGCUUGCCGCAUUAUAAGAUUUUCGAUUUUCAGCUUUUGUCCCCUCCUUAAUGGCCAGUUUCCUUUCCCUUUGUGAUAAUUGUUUUAGAGGCACCUACGUUUGAAGAAGCAUAAUAAUAAAAAAAGAAAAAAUAAUGAACGUAGGUGAGAACAAUAGACAACCUACGCUGUUACGUUCCGUAAGUGCUACCUGAUUUAUCAAGUAUUGUUUGCCUUGUCGUUUUUUUUUUUUUUUUUAUUUUUUUUAUUUUCUAAUUUUCAGGUCUCAAAAUCUGUUAUGAAUCAGCAACAACAGCCGCUAGAUAGUGACCUUUAGGUUAGUUGGAUACAUUUUUCCUAAACUCGUACCGGCCAUAUUCAGAACGCCCAAUAACCAACUAUCCCUUUAGGCAGUGAGACAAUUUCCACACAUCGUUUGACCAAAGAAUUGAAGUUUGAAGAAAUGGGCCUUGCAUGAAAAUCGCUUUUAACAUGCAAAUAUUAUGGGGAAAUCUCGUCAAACAGUGUGUGGACGGCCUCGAAGAAUCCUCCGUUUUUUUCUUUUUUUAAGAUGAGAAAUAGCUUGUUUUCAUUUCGCAAGGAUAAGCUUAAACCAAAACAGUUAAGGUUGCCGUUUUCAAGAAAGUUUCUUUCGAAUCUCAUCCGGCACAUAUCUCACUCAACAAAAAAAGUAUUGUGGUAACAGGUGUGCAUUUAGUAACUGAAGUUGAGCAGCCGUAAAAUGGCAAUGAAGUUCGUCGCACCUGUUAUCCCUUAAGCGCUUCUUGUCAUUGCCUCCUCGACUGGCAACCUCCCUGGAGAAAAAAGCGGAGCAUGCGCACUCAUUUUCCCGUUGUGUCAUUGCAGAGUGCCUGUACUAAGUCAUGCGCGAUGUCAAACUUUGAAAAGCAGAAUAUAGUUGUACACGAACUGAGAUCCUUUCUGUAAUUACGGGACACAAACGAAUAGGGAAUUGCGACGUCAUCUAUGCAUCGGUCUUUUAUUUGAUCUCGUGUAAAUAGCAAUGAAAUACCAGUAGAAGUCAGUGUGUCGUUAUAAUUCACCUUGUAAAUGCAGUAUUUGUUUUAGGCAAUAACCGAUCAUCAUUUUAGGCUUCUCAUUAUCGCUUCAUCUCAAUACUUAACUUAAUUUUGCUUGCCACACACUUCCGUUUCAAAAACAUCCCAAAUAAAUCCUCGACCAAUUUACAGAUUAUUUAAUCACUGAUAAUGGUAUGACCAGGUUUGUAAGAAGAAGUUGUAUAAUUAUGGGAAAUUUCACGCUGUUCGUGUUGUUGACAUCAAUCUAGGAGCCCCAGAUGUGGUCGAAAUAGACGAACUGCCAGAUGAAACAACAGAUGAUACAAUUACCCUAGAGUGGAAGAAGCCAGAAAGUAAUGGAAAAGUUAUUAUCAUGUAUACAGUGUACCAAAGAGUAGUGACUGAUGGAAAAGUGGAACGGUGGACAAUAAUAAAGGAAAUCAGCGAUAUUUCUGUGAGAGAAUUGAAAAUAGCAUUGGAGAGAGGAAAGGUGUAUCAGUUUGCCAUUACUGCAACUAAUGAGCUUGGUGAAAGCCCGAAACAAGAGAAAGCAAAUAUCCAGCAAGUCAAGGCAGAAGGAAGUAUGUUCAAAUGA